AUGGAAUUGCGUAUGAUUUUGAUGCCUCAACUAUACAACAAUACUUUAACGAUUCUCAACGGAGAGCCGACUGCAGAUGUCAUGCCUGAUUGCAAUCGUGUUGUGACAAUCAUUGACUAUGACUCUGGAUCUCGUUGGGAGGGAGAAACCAAUGAAGGAGUGGAAGAGGGCUAUGGAGAGUUCUACAAUGAUUUUGGUAUUCUGGUGUAUCGAGGAGAGAUGCAUAAAGGGAAAAGGCAUGGAUAUGGAACUUCCUUCUUUCCGGAUAUUGGAUUGGAGUACUAUUCGGGAACCUUUUACAAUGGAGAUCGCUAUGGUUAUGGAAUUGAACGUAAUCGGUUCGGCGAUGUCUAUCGAGAAGGAUGGUAUGUGCUCGAUGAGUUUAUUUCCAAUGUGCUAACCAUUCAAAAAGAUAAAGACUUGAAUUUCCUCCAUACACAACUUACAGAACUGCACAUUGGAGACAAUACGCUGAAUUCCAUUCCCUCCCUGCCCCUCGAACAGCUGAACGUCCCUCUCCGAACUGGAACAAAUCACGAUUGGAUCGUUUUGUUGUAUUGGUAA